CAUCAACACCACUGUCAUCGUCCGCCAUGGCUACAUUGGGGGCUGUUCACCCGUACGGGCACCUGCUCCGGUCUGUCUCUGCAGCCCGGACGGGCCUGACCUACGUCCCUCGCCGCACGCUGGCCUACACGCUCCCUCAUCGCGCCGCCUCAGACGGACCCAAUAAUGACAACAAGCAGCCCGAUGCAGCAAGCAGCCCCUCCGCGUUAUCGUCCAUCAAGAACUUCUUCUUCGGCGGCAACAAGCCCGGCCCCAAACCCACCGCGCGCCGCAGCUCCGCCCCCUCCAAACGCGAGGGUUCCCUGAGCGCCGACUCGAUCUUCGCCGAGGAUGAAGCCACCCCCAAGCUCAUCGCCGGGGGGCGCACGCCGUCGGGGCGGCGUCCCCGGCUGGACGGCGAGGAAGUCGAGGAGGAGGCCAUCAGCCUGGAGCAGCGGAACCGGGAGAGCAUGCAGCGGGUGCUGGACCCGAUGCCGCGGGCCCGGCUGCGCUGGGAGCGCAAGAUGGUGGUGAAGGACGUCCGACGCCGCGGCCGUCUGUCCGCGAAGCAGGUCAUCAUGCGGACGGAGCGCGAGUCGACCUCCAAGUCGCACUGGUUCAAGACGUCCGUCAAGAAGCUGGGCCCCCUGGCGCGCCAGAUCGCCGGCAAGAACAUCGACGACGCCAUCCUCCAGAUGCGUCUCAGCAAGAAGCUCGCCGCCAAGGACGUCCUCAAGCACCUCGAGCACGCCAAGAACACGGCCAUCGUUCGCUCCGGUAUGGGUCUCGGCACCCCCGACGGCCAGCCCGCCCCCAAGCCCGUCUCCAUCACCCUCCCCGACGGCCAGAGAAAGACCAUCACCGACCCCACCUCCAUCUACAUCUCGCAGGCCUGGGUCAACCGCGGUCCGUACGGCAUCGACUACGACCACCGCGCCCGCGGCCAGAUCAACCUGCUCCGUCCGCCCUACACCGGCAUCACCGUCAUCCUGAAGGAGGAGAAGACCCGCAUCCGCGAGUGGCAGGACCGCGAGGCCAAGGAUCUGCGCAAGCGCAAGGCCCAGCUCUGGGUCCAGCUCCCCGACCGCAAGAUCACCGUCCAGCACCAGUACAACACCUGGUAAUCUUUGUUUACGUACUACUUUGGCGUUUUGUAUCAUGUGUAGAUCCUUAAGAAGCUUCUUUUUUUUUUUUUUUUUUUUUCUUUU